AUGCGCCAGACGCUGCUGCUCCUUGUGGCGCAGCUGCUGACGCGGAGCUGCGUGUGUGGGGACGAGUACCACCGCCACACGAACAACUGGGCAGUGAUUGUGGACACUUCUCGCUUCUGGAACAACUACCGCCACGUGGCCAAUGCAUUGUCGCUCUAUCACUCGGUGAAGCGCCUCGGCAUUCCCGACAGUCAGAUCAUCCUGAUGCUGGCGGACCAAAUACCGUGCAACGCCCGCAACUGCUUUCCGGGCCAAGUGUUCAACAGUCAGAAGCAAAAGAUCAACUUAUACGGAGAGAAUGUCGAAGUGGACUAUCGUGGGCUGGAAGUCUCUGUCGCCAACUUCAUCACCGUCCUCACGGGCCGCCACGAGCCCGGGACACCAGCUUCGAAGAAGCUGGACACGGACGAAAACAGCAACAUCUUUCUAUACAUGUCUGGACACGGUGGCGAUGGCUUUCUCAAAUUCCAGGAUUUCGAAGAGAUGUCAAGUCAGGACCUUGCUGAUUCGAUACAAGAAAUGCACGUUAAGAAACGCUACAACGAGAUCUUCUUCAUGGUCGACACAUGUCAAGCGGGAUCGUUGUCGAACGCCCUCGAGUCCCCGAAGGUUGUGACCGUCGGGAGCUCGAAGACGGGCGAGAACUCGUACGCCCACCACUCAGAUCCCGAGUUGGGCCUUUCAGUCAUCGACCGCUUCACCUUCUCGACAUUGGACUAUCUGCAGCGAAUGAAGGUCGGCAGUUCAAUUCAAAACGGGACACUUCGAGACCUCUUCAGCUUCUACGACCCGAAGAUGCUAUACUCAACGCCUGAUUAUCGAACCGAUAUCUUGGGCCGCUCGAUCGACGAGGUACUUAUAACGGACUUUCUCGGCUCAAUCCUGGACGUGCACCUUCAUUUCGACGAAGAAGCGUAUCCGAUCGAGGCCACUCCCAUAUCCAGCUCCGACGCCACAGAGACAACUAACAUCGACAGCUCUGCUAGUGUGUCGAAGUCUCCUGCACACUGCAGCGGGGACUCUACUCCAGCAGACGCUCACAAAUUCGGGUUUUCCGGAAAGUUCUUGGCUAUGGUCGCUAUGACCGUGAUCGGGGCCGUCUUCGUGGCCACAAAAUCGAUUUGA